AUGCCUUCUGUCAAAGAGUCCCCCGACCCCGAUCCAGUUCAACAAGCCAUGGCCGCGGAUGCCUACUGCACCCAAGUAAACCCGAUGGUCAAGCUCCUCCAGCAGUUGAUCGACGAGCGGCCAGCAGGCGACGAUCCAGUCAAAAACAUAGCCAAAGUCUGUUGUGUGAUCAUCCAAACGGGCGUAGAACACAAAAACAUAAAGGGUCAGCGCUUACAGGAUCAGAGCUACCCUCCUAUGCUACAAGAGAUGAUACGCGACGUAGACUCGAUUAUGGAUGCCUAUUUUAAGAAUCAUCCUCACGGCGAGGGACCACGAGGCGAGAGUUCCUCUGUCGGAGAUAAGAUGCGCAGUGUCGAGGAUGACGCUGAAAACGACGAAGCGACCCGAAAGGAUCUGGAGACUGGGAGAGAGUAG